UUUCUAGACAAUUAUACAUUCGCUAUUCGGACUGGACCGUUUUAUAACUGUUUAUAUCAAGUUAAACUUGCAUACAGAAAUGCAAUAAUUGUUAACUUGGAGCUAAGGAACUCACUAGACGGAAUACCACUUGAUUCAAUGAACGAUGCAGAGAUUGCUUUGAGAACAGAAUCAUUGUUUAACUCCAACAUGGACAGAUGCAUCAGUUAUGAUGUGGCAUAUUUACUUGCUUUAUUUCAAAAAG